CCCAAAAGCAAUAUGGCGGCCCCAGAUGGUCAAAAACGUGAAGAUAGAGUUUGCUGCUUUUAAUGCGUAAAGCAGACACGAAAAAGGUAAAACUGAGAGAUUUAGAAAUGGCUCAAGUUAUUCGACGGAACAAGAAUCCUUUGAGAGGCGUAAGGUAGCCACAAGGUGAAAAAUAAACGAAAAAAUGCCGGUUGAACGAGUGCCUGUUGUACACAAAUUUGGGAUUAUCUCUCACACACAACGCCUGGCGUUAGAAGACAGGCUUGCAAAGAGGUCUUUAGCCACUGAACCUCCACGUACGUUUUCCAGAACCAGGUGAGAAAGUUAUUUUCUUAUGUCAGUCGGUCAGGCUUCCUAGCUUAUGUGGUUUCUGGUGGUUUACAUUUGAUCAUAAGCUUAGAAGACAUUUAUAAACUCCUGGAACCGACAGGCGCUAAGGAGUGAAAGAGGAUAUCAUAAAUUAUAUAAAGUUUAUUUUUGCUUUUUGUCUCUUAAAGAUCACCAUAUGAAGUAACAGAAGAUUUUAUUGCUAAGGUGGGUCAGUCUUGCCAUUUUUAAUUUUUCCCCUUCUGUUGCUUCCUUGCUCAUACACACAUCCACAAAGUAAAGUACAAAGGUGCAGUGCUUGAAGAAUAAUGUUUGUAAUGGUAACAGGACUGAGUGAAGGCCAAUUCGGUCUGUAAUCAUACGAGUGAUUAACAAAAUUGGACGACCGCGUAGCGGGAGUCCGCGAUUUGUUUAAUCACGAGUAUGAUUACAGACCGAAUUGGACGACACAAAGUUCUGUUACCAAUUAAUCAUAAACUUUAACAAGAUUUGUAAUGUAAUAGGCUAUUUUUUAAUCAAAACACAAGAAAUUCAAAAUUUUGUUUUGAAAGCAGUGAAAAAAAAAGCCAUUUAAGCGCGCGCGUGAUGGCGCGUACUGUCCAAUUACUUAGGCAUGACGCGUACUGUCCUAUUAAACUGUCCAAUUAAGGCUGAAAUCAGGGCAGUUGAUAGCCAAUCAGAUUUGACAAUUUUGUUAUGGUUAUGAUUAUAAUAUUAAUUAAGCUUAUAAACUCAUUUCUGUCAAUUUUUAGUUUAAUGACAGUAAUGAAGAAGACAGAAAGGAACUUGAAGGAGUUGCUCUAAAAAUGAUCUCUAGGGCAAAGGUACAGUGUAGCCAAUUGUAUCAGUUAAAUAUUUAAGUGUAACAAGAGAAGAAUAAACGUACUUCAAGAGAAAACUGUCACUGCUGCCCCCUACCAGUCCCAGCCAAGGGGGUACUGUGUAGUUAAAGUGAUGCAGAUGCUCAAAAGGGGACAAGGAUCAAAUUCCAAAAAAACCCUAUGGGUCAGUUAUUUAAACAAAGUCUAACUUAGACCGCAGUUUAGGAACUCCAGAUCUCUUCCUUAAUGGGUUAUUUUAAGUAGACAAAUGCUUUUCUUGUGUACUUUAUAUUCUUUGAUGAAAUUGUUCACGAUAAAUGGUGUUCACAUAAAAGUGUUUGGCAAAUUGAAAAUGGCCUAGAAUACGAUUUUGUUAAACACUGGCUAAACUACUGGCUUAAUGGCUUUAAACAGGAUCCAAACAAAUCCUAAUGGACCAAAAAUUUACCCCCCAAAAUCCCAGCCUUAAAAAUUUUCAAUAAGGGAUUAAAAGUAAAGAUAUUACAUCCAAAAAACAAAAAAAUGGAAAUUGAAUGCUUCUGGUUUAAAAUGAUUAUUUCCGUUUGCAGAGGAGAGCUGGUAUUCUAUCAGGAGGUAAAGGGGAUCAUGUUGAUUUGGGCAAAUCAUGGACAGAACUUGGAUUGCUGGCUCAGUGUACAAGCAGAGCAGUGCAAGAGGGUAAGAGGCUUAUGAGACACGCAGUUAGUACUUCUCUUGUUGAUGAAACCUUAAUCCCAGGUCAUUGAUUGACUAAACAAUGUCAACUUUCAACAAAUAUAGAGCUGUACAGCAAGAAGUCAACUGCCUCCUAACUUUUAAGAUUUGAUUUUGUUAACAGAGGUAAUGUUGCUACAAGUACAUGUACAUAAACAUGCGAUUUACAUUUUUAAAACUAUUUUUUUACAGAAACUUUAGACUUGCUUAUUACAUCUCUUGGACAUGCCCCUCCUGCAGAAGAUCAACUUCCCAGGUGAGCCACAACUGACUUGGUAGCCAAUGAUUCGCUCCUGUGAUUGAAGGGCUACUUUAUGUUGAAGAUUUCACCACUAACUGAUUUUCGCGUACAUGACCGUACAUGGAAUUUAUUUGCACUUGUAGUUGUGAACAAGAAGUAGUAUAGUCAACUGAAAAAUUAAAUUAAUAUGACAAAGAAGGUUAUUACACAUGUCGAUUUCGGUUGAAGCGAUGGGCAAAUAUUAUACUUACAAUAAAAAUUAUUUGUGUUCCAUAUGCGGCUAGUAAGCUUCCAUGUGCGAUCUGUGGUGACACUUUUGAAAUCUAAGUUGCGUAACAAACUUCUAGGUUUUUAAAUAACUAGUCACCUGAUCUAUAUUUGCCGCGUUGUGCUAAGAUAAUUAAAUAUUCACAAAAAAAUUGACAAACGGCUUGAAAGAUGUAAAUCAGCCAAUAUUACUUUUCAAAGAAAGCUUCCCUUAAAAGAGAAGUCCCAAAUGGCUAUUGCUGAUUUUUGUGCCAAUGUUCAGGUGAUUUUAAGUUAAAGGUUUAAACUAAUGUUUAUAGUAAAUUAUGAUGUUAUAAAAUUUUGUUAAUUCAAAAAGGCCCCCUCCAAAUUUAAUGGAAAUAAGUGGACAUAUUUUGCAUGCAGCUCGGACACUUACACAAUUACGUUUUCUUGAGGGUGACAAAAAAUUAGUUAUAAACUUAAUGUUUAGUGUCUUCUUGUCAGCAUUGAAUGUUUUUUUCCCUUUUGACUCUCAGUUUGCUGUAUCUUGCAAAGAGCUGCCUUCACUGGCUGAGGAAGUGUGUGAUGAGCCCAGCUUGUCUUCGAACAGCUGAACUAAAACUCAUUAAGGUAUGGUAAACGUAUGUUACUAUUUCUAGUGCGGAGUAUAGUCAACAAAAAUCACUAGCUGCCAGCUACAUGACAGCCAUCAAAAUCCAUUAUUAUAAGUUACAUUUCUAGCCUAUAAUUCUGGUCGUUUUGCAUUUUGUCCAAAUCAGUCUUUGUUUCCCCCAUCCCACUUUUACUUAGCUUAAUAUUCUUUUUGUGUUUUUUUUUAGAUGGGUCACCUGGCAUUUUCAAGAUUGUAUUACCACAACAUGACACAAGAUCUUAAGGUAACAAAGAUCUCUGAUUCUUCAACAUUGUAAUGCCAUGUCCCAUGCCAAGUGGGAGGGGGGGGGUGCCCUCUCCCCCUGGGGGGGUCUGGGGGGCCUCCCCCACAAAAUGUUAGAAUUUUUAAGGUGCCAGGGUGCAUUUUGGGCCAUUUCUGGGCAAUUUGGCUUUCUGUUUUAGCUCCUUUAAAUAAAGCAUUUGCUGCUUAAAAACAUAUCAAUACAAUUCUUGUUAUUCAGUUUCUGUUUUAGCAAGGGGGAAUAAAAUUAUAAAUAUCUAUAAGCACCGCCUGACAAAAUAGCCGGGACAAGAAUUGAAAUAGCGGAGUAAAGGUUCUGGCGUCCCGGGUCUGACAAAAACCCUGGGCUGAUUAAGUAUUGCUUUGAAAUUAUCAUCCUUUGUUUAAAAAGCAACUAGUUAAACUUAGCGGCAUUAUACCUUUUUUUCUUAUGUCGUUUGUGUGCUAAUUCUCUUAAUUUUGCAGGGUUAUCAAGAAGAAAAGCGGUCACUGCUUAAGUACCUUUCAAGUCUCCCAGAUCAACAGGAAGAAGCAUACAAGUCAUUUCCAGGGGCUUUAUUGGCAGUUAGAUAUAUCAAAGAAGUGGUGAGUUUUCUUUUUAAAUUAUGAGAGAGAAAAACCUUGGUCAGUAACUAAACAUUAAAGUACUGGGCCUUGUUGUUUGAAGCCUGGUUAAUUCUGAUUGUGGGUAAGUUGCAACUAGGAAACUGCCCACCUUCCCCUCCCUUAAGCCAAUAUAAGUGAGAAGUAAGUGUUAAUAUUGGCUUAGGCGAUGGGUAGGUGGGCAGUUUCCAGAAACCUAGAUUGAGCCCUUAAUCCAUCCGUUUACUACUUAAUAAUGCUUAUGAGCAAUGAUGCUGCUUUCACGGCAACUAGCCCUAGAUUUGCUAAUAUUCUUCAAACAACUCGAACCUCUCCUUUAACUCUUGUAUUCACAAAUAUUUGUUCUGUUUGUUAGUUACAUUUGUUGUGUCUGCCUUCUCUCAGGGUCAUCUUAUCUGUACUGGCUGUGGUGAACCAAACCCUGAAGAAUCUAAAGUCAUAGAGCCUGCACCUGUGGGAGCAGCCACUGCUCAGGAACCAGAGCCCGCAGCCCAGAAUGUGGACGUGCCAGUUGUGGAAACUACUGAGGGAGGAAGGGUGGGACUACCGCUGUUGUUGGAAGAGGAAGAGGAAGAAGAGCCAUAUCAAGGAAGUGGAGAUCUGGUAACUAGGGCACAAUAUUUGAAAACUUGAGUCUUCACAGUCAAAAUUUUGUUGUUGCUCUCUUGCCUCCAAAAUACCGGGUGUUAAAACACCACCUCGUUGGCGAUGUGAAUUUCACCACAGUUGUAACACUAAAAGUCAUUACCAGCCUCAUUCCAAAAAUAUUCCAGUUGUGCCAGUUGUGGAAACUACUGAGGGAGGAAGGGUGGGACUACCGCUGUUGUUGGAAGAGGAAGAGGAAGAAGAGCCAUAUCAAGGAAGUGGAGAUCUGGUAACUAGGGCACAAUAUUUGAAAACUUGAGUCUGCACAGUCAAAAUUUUGUUGUUGCUCUCUUGCCUCCAAAAUAUCGGGUGUUAAAACACCACCUCGUUGGCGAUGUGAAUUUCACCACAGUUGUAACACUAAAAGUCAUUACCAGCCUCAUUCCAAAAAUAUUCCGUAUCAAAAGAACGUCACAUUACAUUUGGCGUGCAAGACAAUAAAUUAUUUCCUUCCCAACCGGCUUAAAUAGUAUUUGGUCGGAUAUCAGUAACCUCCCACGCAGACAUUCUUUUGACUCGCCAUACAUUGAAAGAACGCGUGAUGACACCCCAAUGACGACUUUGUGAAGGGCAAACGUCGAAGUAGUAGGCCGGAACAACAUUCAGGGUCUUAUGAUAAUCGAGGAAUAAGUACUGCAUUUGUUUUGCAACUGUUCAGACAUUCGAGUAUUCUUGAAUGUGUCACAUAGCAGUUUCACUGAUGUGACUCUCGCGGGAAGUAAAGAACGUAUAUUACUGUUCAAAAAAAAAAAAUAGGGGACGUACACCCCGGUGGCGUGGACAAAAUGUCAUGGGUUCGGAGGGUCAUCAUCAUUAUCAUCAUCAUCAUCAUCACCAUCAUCGUCAUUAUCGUCAUCACCAUCGUCGUCGUCAUCAUUAAUGAGUUUACGCAACAGGACGGCAGGAAGAAGAGGACUACAAAACGCUUGAGUGUGACAAACGUGACAAGGCCAUAACUUGCAUGUUAUGUCGUGAUCUUCACUUAGCAUUAAUGUUUUCUGGUCUUUACAAAGAGAUCUGUUUAAGGGAAAGGGAAGUUUGGCCAAAGUUACUUCAAACAAAAUUGUUGUCAUGGUUGUCACACAAGGUUUGCCGUCCUCUCCCUUCCUGUUGCAUAAGUUCACUGUUAUCAUCAUCAUCAUCGUCGUCGUCGUCGUCAUCACCUGUCACGAUGUUGACGCAUCGGCUUAAGAAUUAACUUGACUUAAAUUUCAGGCCUCAUGUAAGCCAUGUAAGUAUUGUCAAAAGAAAGAAACCGUAAUUUAGAAUUCCUACUGGACAUGUUUUCUUUGUUCAUGUAGGGUUUUAAUGAGGCCAUCAGCUUGAGCCUUCCACACAGUCCAGCAGCAGCCAGCACUAUCCAUGACUUGUCACCAACUCUCUGGCAUGCUCUGGAUGUUUGGAGGAGUGUCAUGCACAGGGGGACUGGGCUGAGACAAGCGUUGGAGGGACUGAGCAUGUGCGGGACAGGCUUGACUACUGAGUUAUGGUAAGAACAAAGUCCAUAGCAUUAUAUCUGUAUAUCUCCCAAGUGUCACGCCUGCUGAUCGAAAACUUCGAUCUCACGCCUGGUAGAAAAGUUUGAGCCAUCGCAUCAUUAACUGACACAUUUUGAAAAAUGUAUUAAUUAUUUAAAGAAACUGGAACCAAUGAGAGAAAAGAAAAGUUCAUGGACUUUCUCUGAAUUCUCUUAUCUUAGUAAGGAAAGUCACUGCAGACGAGGUCGUGUUCCUUCGUGUUCCCGUGUUCAAUUAGACGUAACUCUUCGGAAAGUCUUCAGAACGUCUUCGGACAUCUUCGGAUAUUAUGAUAUCGGACCCCAACAAAAAAAUCCUGGCACUCUCUGGAUAAAAACGACACGUCUAUAAAGAUUAUUCGCGAUCAACCGAGAGAAAUUUGCAAAAGCUAAGCAAAGUACUACAAAGCUUAAGUGGUCAUUCACUCUGUUCAAAGUAUACUACAAAUUGCUGUAAAUCCCACUAAAGAUUGGAAUCGGAAAUCCAAGUUACCCUGACAAAGAAUCCGGAAUGAAGUAGCUGGAAUCCGGGAUCCACGACGUGGAAUCCAGAAUCCAAGACUGUUUUGGAUCUCCUUACAUGGGGGAGGCGUAUCAGUAAAAUGCUACAUGAUAAUCGUCACCCUGUAGGAAAGUGCCAAGUCUUUAAUACCAGGUCAAGCUACGAUCGGUUGGUUUCGCUGUGGCUUAUGUCCAUCCCCUUAUCUUACCCAACCUUUCGUCUCUUUUUACUCCUGGCACAGGUUAGACGUCUGUUGCGCUUUUCAAGUUCUAACAGAAGUAUCAAAGCGUGACAUUGCCGUUCUUCGCACUUUCCAAGCUCUCGCUGCUGGAAUGUUUGCGAGACCAGCGGAGAUUUCAGACGAACAUGCGCGUCACGUUCACCUGUGCAACAACUGUCUAUCGACUAUCGCUGGACAUCAGACCAAAAGUCUGCCAGACGAUUUGCAUUUUAACGUGGACAAAGCUCACGCUGCGUCGGGAUUUAUGUCCAUUGGACAGACGCCUAGUUUCGUUCGAGGACUGCGUGAUUUCGCCGACCUUGGCCUCGAAGAUACGUCCGUUAAACAGCCGGAGGAUGAUGCAGUGAGCGUCACGUCACGCAAUACUGCCAGUGAUGCAUCCUCUGAAGCUAGCUUUGCGGAUGUUAGUAGCGUAGAAAGCGGGCAUCGUGGAAGAUUAGAUAACGUGAUGGAGAGAGCCGCGAGCGUGUCAAAAACGUUUAAGAAAACGCGGAAAACAGCUGCUAAGAAAGACGAAAUGUCUUCCGACUCCGAAGACGACGCUGAAAAACUAGCAAAGUCACCAACGCAGUCAUCUAAAAAGAAUAUUCCCAACAAAGAAACUGAAAACCCUGUUCGCGCCCGCGGAGGAACAGCAGUGCGGUUUAACGUUCAAGAGGACGCUGAGGUUGUGAAUACUGAGGGUGGAGUCCCUAAGGCACAGAUGGAGCGCUCCCUGACAAAAGAGAGUUUGUUUACACAGGGAAGCUCAGUUAGCAUUCCGCUAGCAGAGGAAGGUGAGCUUACUCGCCGCAAAUUUCCAUUUCCUAGACGGUCGUUGACAUUUCCAAAACACUUAGAAAGUUCGGAUCAUCAUACGUUUGCGGGAAACUGCCCACCUACCCCUCCCCUAAGCCAACAUUAACACUUACUUCUCACUUAGGGCAAAAUGUUUGCUUAGGGGAGGGGUAGGUGGGCUGUUUCCCUGAAACGCGUACUGAUUCCGAAAGUUCUAGCCUGAGAAAGCAGUCGACAUCUCGCCCCGCCACCAUUGGUUUCCUCGCGAAAUGGCGUCCGAGGAGCGACUGCAGAAAUUCCAUACUGAUGACGUGUCAGAUCUUGGUAGUCCUUUUGAUUGAAGCAAAUUCUCCUUGUGGCACGACCAGUCAGAAGCACCAUACCCAGAUCUAGGUUGGAGACGUCAUCAGUGGGGAAUUUUAUGUAGUCGUCCCUUGGACGUCAUUUUGCGGAGAAAACAGUGGUGGCGUCGCGGAAUGUCGACUGUUUUGUCAGGUUAAGAAGGUUCCGCAUUCUAAUCUCUCUCCUUUGUCAAUAUACUAAUAGUUGUAGGAAAAAAAUCGAGAAUGAGUUAAACGUUUUUAACAUGUAAACUUUUCAACUUCGUUUCUUGCAGAUGACAAAAGCAGCGUGAAAACCGGAACUUCACUGUUUUCUAAUGCAGCCGGGCUAACUGGGUGGCGCUGGGAACUAGCGUACCUCUACACCGACUGUAUGACGUCAGUUUGCAUGAACGGACAGAGCUCUAUCAUUCAGAAAACUGCCCUGCUUGGAAGCGAGGCUAACCGCAAGGUUACCGUCUAUGGCAAGAGAAACGCCAUGUCAAGCGAGGGCUUGGGGCUCUUAGACUUGCUGAAAAUCAAAUUGCCUGUCGAAGAAGGUAUCGUUAAGGCUUCAUUUGCUUUAUUUUUACUGCUUUACCGAUAAAUACUUAUGUAGUACCUCCUUAUUUUACAGGAAAUGAACACAAAGAUUGGAGUUGGAGAGUCAGGUUUGCGGCCGUGCAAGGCCUUGUGCGAAUUUGCCGUCACUGUGGUGGCGAUAGCACAAAAGAUGGAAUAUGCGGAGUGGCCUGGGCACAACUCAUGAGGCAUCAUUCGCUGGAGAGAGAUGUCCGUGUUUUAGAAGCCUGGAAACUAGCUCAGGUGGGCUUAAUGUAACACGAGGGACUUAUAAACAAACCAAAUGGUCAUUAUAAUUGAAAUCUCAGUAGCCGCCGAUAAUCUUAUAAACCUUGUUAAACUGAAAAGCAAAUCUGUUUUUAAAAAUGCUCGGAAGAGUUUUGGUUAUGUUUGCCUAAAACUUUUGAUGUUGACAUCUUUCGGUGAAUCGUUGAAUCACUUCGUAUUAAAACAAUCAAAUAAAUCUCCCUCGCUAUCAAUGAGGCGUAUCAACUCAUAGUCCUAAAUUAUUAAUUUGCAAAUUGAAUCAACUGUUGUUGCUGUUGUUAAUUUGCCAUUUUAGGAACGUGAAAGAAACUGAACCGAGUUAACUUUCGCACUGACUUCUGGGAUCAUUACUGGGGAUGCAGCCAACUUUUUUCCCUGUCACCAGUUACAGUCCCAGAAGUCUUUGCAAAAGUUAACUCGCUCCAGUCUCCUCGUUUCUAAAGUGGCGAAUGAAACUGCACAUAAAAAACCAAACCAGGCCCUGGUUGUUCAAACGAAGCGAUCAAUCUCUAUCCAGUAAAUAGCGCAAUUGGUUUCCUUAGUAACUUAUCCGUUGGAUAGUGAUAUAUUCGGUAGAUAGCGCCAUCCAAGUUUUGAACAACCGGGCCAGACUUACAUUAGGGACCUUACGAUCCGACAACGGCGACGUCUAUGGUAACUCCUCAUCCUUUCAAACGAUUUCGCGAUUAUCCCAAGUCGCCCAGUUAAUUAAAAGAAGGGAAUUUAUGUUGGAGGGGGCCGUGCCCCAGUUCAGACAGAAAUGAUAGAAUUUAUCGCCUUGCCGUUCCCGUCCUCAAAAAGACUUUUGGUCAUUUUACGUCAUAUUCUUGUAGGGACGGCAAAGAAAUGUACAAAAAAGCGUGAUGGACGUGCAGAGUUAUUGUUUUGCAAACUAAACCUAUUGCUUUUUGACGUUGCCGUCGCCGUCGUAGUUUCGUAAGGUCCCUAUUAAUUGGAGAAGGUGAUACUUGACAGUUUCAAGAACUGAAAUACUUGUGUCCCUUUAAUCCUUUAAGCCCUAAGAGUGAUCAGCAUUAAAUUUCUCCUUGUAAUAUCAAUGCUUUGUAAAACAGAGUGGUCAUGAGAAUUACGGACAUGAUCACACAAGAUGAAUUUGCUUGAUAUUUUAUCACCUUCUCCCCACUACUUCUGUAGGAAAUGAAAAGGGGCAACAGAUGAGAAUUCAAAUUUUGAUCUUAGGAUUUAAAGGGUUAAGUUUCUUUAAGUAAUUGUCGCUCGCUGCGAUCAUAAUUUUCGCUGGCGAUGAUUAAAUAAUCUUUGUCAUUUUUCUUCAGGUUGAAUCGGAACUCGAUAAGAAGCUUCCAUUGCUCGACGUCGUAAACUCAUUUCCGUCCUGGUCCGCAAGCAGGUUGUCAGCGGUAUUACUUCCGCCCCUUCCUCCUGUUGUACCGCUGAGCAGUCGUCCCAGAUCUCGCGCACGUAAUACUCCGCUGCCCAAAUCUACUGCCUUCGUCAAGAAGGGACCCAAGCGUCCUUCUUUAAGGUUUGUUGAAUUACUUUGUUGUGUGUAGAUCUGUGAAUCUGUUUUUACUUGAAACGUACCUACAGAUUGAUGUGAAAAUUUUUUUACCUUUGUAGAAAUAAAACAAAUAAUAUGAUGUGGCCUCUUUGAGUGUCACAGAAGACAUUCAGUCGAUUUUUUUAGAUCAUUUAUCCCCGCUAAGUUUCACCUUUAAUAUCCUUUAUAGGCAGGAGAUUCUGUUGGCUACAGCUGCUCGGGAACCUCAACCCAACUUCCGCAGCCGGCGGAACCAUGACCUGAUGUUGGUGAUAGAGGAUCAGUGGAGGAAACAGCUCCAUGAGGAGCAGGUGCAAGAGGAAGCAGACAGGAGGAAGAAGGAAGCCAGCAGGGUGGAAAGUAUCGUGGCAAAAGAGGGGAGACGAAGCAGACAAGAGGGGGAGGGUGUGGGGAAUAGGGUGGAAGGAGGUAAACAGGAGGGGACUACAGAUGGAGAGGGAAGACGAAGCUUCCAAGACGUGGCUGCAGAUAGGAGAGGGUUAGAGGAAAGAAUAGGUGAAAUACAAGAAAGAGGUGAUUGGAAGGAGGUAACUACAGAGGAAUCGUUUGCUGAAAAUGCAAUGGAGAGGAAAGAGAAGAGAAGGAGUACUGGAAAAGUGACUUCCAGUGAAAAAGAUGUGGAGAUAGAAAAUGGAACAAAGAAACCCACUGACGGUACUUUACUGAAAUGGUGAAGAGGAAAAGCAGACGUAGAUAGGGAAGUGUGGAAGAUGCUUAAGGGGGCAUUCUGGUUAAAAGCACUGUUCUUCGUUUAUUUCCGACCUUUUUCUUAAUUUCUAACUAGCCAAGAUUUUAUUCCAUCAAAAAAUAAUGACUCCAUUAUGUCAGUUAAAGUCCUUGGUUCAAUAAUUUUUUGUGAAUUUAUUAAUAAUUUUCCGAAUGUGUUUAAUGUGUAAAAAUUAGUUGGGGAUGUUUGAAGUUUUGGAAAUUUGAAAAAAAUUGGAUUUGGUGUUUGUUAAAAAUUAAAAAAUGAAGUGAAUGAUUAGUAGACAGAUAUCAGUGAGUCCACCACCACAACAAGGUGCCUCUGAUCCCCAUUAGCAGACUAACUGGUUUAUGUGUAUACCUUUUCUUCCCUGAUUUAUUUCCUUCCGAAAUCAACAUCGUAUCAUUCCCCCCGCAAAAAAAAACAACAACAACAACCAGAAUCCCCCCUUGAUGUAAAAGGAAGGUAAACUGAUUGUGCUUGCAAAUGACGUCGUAGUAAGAGGAGAUAUUAGUUUAAUAAAGGAACAAUAAGCUAUUUCAGUUACGUGGCGAAAUAUGGAGAAAAAAUAUAGAAGAAUAGCAACUGAGAUAUAAAGUGAUUUUACUUGAACCGUGAAACAGAUACUAACAAAUUGUGCAAAAUAGCAAGAGGUAAAUGAAAGAGGACAAUAGAAUUAGUGCAUAAUAGUGUGUAGUAUUCUCCUACCUAUUUCACGGUUCAAGUAAAAUCACUCUAUUAUGGGGUGUAGAAUAUUGCUUAUCAGUUUCAAAGCUAGUGUUAAACUACAUUUUAGAUAAAAAGCACGAAGCUUGUGGAAAGAAAACAGACAGAUAAAGUCAAGAUCUGUUGGUUUUUGUACUUAAGGAUUUAUUGAGUUUACAGGCUACGUAAUAAAUAUUUUUCUAAAUUAAAAAUAUUGAAGAAAGCCAUGCCUUUGUUGGUGAGUCUUUUCUUUUCCUUACGUAUACCUACCUAUUAGCAAUAAAAUUACCGUAUGAAAUGAAAAAUAGAGAGCAUUGAGAAAGCUUUCAUCGCUGUGCUUUUUACGGGAAUAUUUAACAAUUAUCCGAAUGGGCUCUGAGUCAAUAGCUAUGAGGCCGAUGGCUGAAUGGGCUAUUGACUCAGAGGCCAUGAGGGCGAGAGGAAUAAUUGUUUUAGUAAAAUCCAAUUAUUUGGUCAAAAAUAUCGCGACAAAACAACUUUAGCUAGCAAAACGCGAUUCAGCCGCCAUUGUUUUGGCUUUCAAAGCCGGCACUUUUCGCUACUAGUGGGCUAUAACAUAUACAGCCUAGCAGUAGCUCAACCAAUCAGAACGCAGCAUUGAAAAUAGACCACUAUUUGGAUUUUACUAAACCCCUAUAUGCUCAUUUCCCUUAAUUCUAGUUAUUUAUUUAUAUUUUUUAUUGAAUUCUAUUGAGCGCCAAAAACCAAUGAAGUUUGUUUUAUUUCUCCAACCGUAAAAAUCACAUUUCAGUUGGGGUGUGAACGGCCAAAAAUUAUCCACAAAAUACACUUGCAGGAUAUGACUAUAAUCCUCCGAAACAAAGUCUUUUUGUGCGGUGUGCAGUGUCAGAAUUAUGGAACUCAUGGAUUCAAACUUUAAAUCCGUGAUCCCCAAAAUUAAACAUUGAUAUAUUUCAAUAGGUAUAUAUCUCUUGUUGGAUUACGUGUCUAUCUUACCAGGACUGAUCUUGCCGAAUUCCUUGGAAAAAACAUCUGGUAAGCCUGUGGCUCUCCCGUUGCUAGGCACCUGGCAGUACUUGUUCACGAAUCUUCUUGUUGGCCAAGGUUAGCCCACGCAACCAAACGAAUUAAAAGACCUGCAUGCAGUUGAAGACCUAACAGUACAUUUAGUGUAUCGACAUAAAUUGAUUUUAAAGUUUAGAGGAAUGUAAGUUUUGCGUUGAGAGUUAAAACAUUGAAGUUUAAUUUAAUACUCAAUGCUAAUUUUCAAGUUUGUACAUAAAAUCCUUUAGCGUGAAGGCUAAUAUAAGCGUUACCUCCCUGUAGCGAUAGUUAUUGCUCUGAAUUUUCUUAGACACGCAGAGAAAAAAAAGGAUUCACUGUAAACUCUCCCAGGAUAUUUUUUAGCAUGUUUUAAGCAGUCCAUGGAGAUAAAAUUAUGCUUAAAAGUGGUCUUUCUGAAGGGUGCCAAAUCCUAUUGUAAAUAAUUGAAAUGAACUAUAUGUCCAUGGUAAUUAUAUUUCGCUUUUGUAAAGUUAAUCUUCCAUUUCAUUGGACUCCACGCUUCGUUUGUUUAUCAUGGUUUCUUCAGAGACGCUAUUGUUUCGCACAAACCUUUCAAUGCUCUAUAAAUUUCACAUUGCCGGCAUGGAUGCGAGAAAUUUAGCGUAAAAAUAAUAAAGUUCUUUUAACAAGAAAAGGAUUCAGUUUUGGGAAGACAAAUAAUGUUUAUAACAGUGCGUUUCGGAGGUAAGUUUUAAUAUAUGGUCAUAGACGUUGAUUAUCAUUGCACGUUUCUAAUUCCAUAAUAACCGAACGAAAUCAAAUUGAAUCUAUUUCUACCCUUACAGACGGUGAAGAAUCGAUUUUUAACCCGAACUGUCGGACAGACAUAUUGUUGGACGAUAUUAAGCGACGAUGUAAUUGCACCAAAGAUGGUGAGAUACGCAACUUUUAUUUAGAGUUAGUUUAAUAGCAUUACGUGAGCUAAAUGUCAUCCCACAAACUUGUAAACUUGACCUGACAUCAAUAAACUUUGUCUAUCUUUUUCUUUCAGCUACUGUCGAUUUAUCUGAUGAAUCUGGAAAUCUUAAAUUCCUUGUCAACCAUCCUUUGAUUUACGCCACAGAACUUCUGAAAGAGCGGGAAUCAUUUGUUUUGAUAAGAGUUGAAAGUAAGUUGGUAACUGAUAAGUUAAACUCUCCCGUUGAUAUUGUUUACUCUCUUUAAACCAUUUGGACGCUAUCUGAAGUUAAUCUUGACUCUUAACUGUUCUCGCUCUAUAUAUAUGAACUUGAAUAAGGAUUCCUAUCAUCUUUCUAUAAAAAUCAUCUUGUAAACUACUCUCUCAGUGCUUCAUGCUUUCAACAGUGUUUAUCAGUGACUCUCGUUACUCAGAUCAAAAUUUGUAACAGAGAAUCUAGAAAAUAACUCGGAGAUAACUUUAAGCAAAACUCAGUUAUACGUUGCCCGUUAGAAGACUGCUUAUUUAUUUACGACCAUCAAGCACAUGCUGAAUUCUAAAUCGUAAGAACUUAAAGCUAAAAGUGUGGCAAACGAACAUUCUUAUUGAAAGGUUUUUCGAAGCAAUAGAUGUUGCCUAGUACGUAGACUUCCCUUAAAAAAGUAAUAUGCAAGAUUUUCAGCUUAUUCAGUUUACACAUUUAUUUUAAGGAUAAAUUUGGCUGAGUUGACAAACUGAUAUUUGAGGACUUAAAGAAAUAUAUUUUUUUUCUGAGACAAUUUUAAAUAAUUUAUUAAGUUUGUUUUGUCUGAACUUUAUGGAGAAAGUGAAAUUAUUUAUAACUGCCUUAAUUUAUGGGACGCGUUGUUAUUCUUUUUAUGACGCAAACACCCUCCUUUUCCGGCAUUUGUUGUUGAAUAAUUCCGUUACUUUUCUUUAUUGCUUUUUAUCCCCAUUUAAACCAGCUUUUGCUGCAUGAACUAGACAUCGUUAUUGACAUAUUGUCAAUAGAUAAUAAAACAGAAAGAUUAAAAUUUCGAAUCCUGCUCAAUAACUUAAAUGGAUAAUGGCCUUUCUUAAGGAAAAAAAUCUCAUUUCUGAGUUACCCGAGCCUCUGUUUCAAAGCGAGGUUCUUUACGAAGCCAUUGAUAUGAAAAUAUUAUUUUCAUCCUCAAGCAAAUGAAACCAUUAUCACAAGAAAGGCUUUGCACCUAGCCUCGUUUUGAAAAUGAGGGUUUUUACUGUGAACCCCUUGACCUUUUAAGGAGACUGGGUCGAUAUUGUGUCGAAUUGCACUAUGGGGCUGUUUUGGCACUACAGCUUUUACGAGGAAACUGCGUCGAAAUUUGUUCCCAAAACAAUCCCAUGAUGCAAUUCGACACAACACCAACCUCCAAUGGCCAACUACAUUCAGAUACAUGCAUACUUUUUAUCCAUCAGGCCCCGGUUGUUCAAAAGUUGGAUAACGCUAUCCACCGGAUAAAUCGCUAUCCAGAGGAUAGGUAUUACGAAAACCAAUUGCACUAUCCUUUGGAUAGUAAUAUAUCCAGUGGAUAGUGACAAUCCACCUUUCGAACAACUGGGGCCAGGAAGUAGCAAAGUGGAAAUGAAUUUUGCUUCCGCCAAUACCUCUUAGCAAUAUUUACUACAAUUAUUUUCCUUCGCUUUAUGUAAUACUUGCAUGUCAAGUCAAGAGUCAAGUCAAGUUUAUUGUGUAAAGUACACGCUUAGCUAUUUGUGAGAAAAUUCACAAGCUAGUUUGCGGGUAUUACACAUUCAAAACCAGAAAUUAAAAAAUGAAUAGAUAAUUAUAACUAAAAUAUAUAUAAAAUAACUAAUUCUAAAGAUAAAAUGUAAAAACUGUUUACAUAAGACUAGAAAAUUUCACAAAUAAGAUAAAGCUAAAACUAUUUACAAUGCGAGACUGGUAGUAGUAGUAAUUAAUUAUAAUUAGUAAACGUUAAUGAUAAUUAUGUUUUCCCGCGCUUUCUACCAGUUGCAAUUUUUCCCGCUAGAUGAAUGAUUUGCUAUAAACGAAGGUACCCAGUCACUGGCUAUUUUAUUUUGGGAACUGCUCAGUUUCGCCAUAAAAUAACUUAUAAUAAUACAAAAAAUAAAACAAGGUGGGGGCGACUACGUAAGGACUUGUUUUAAUUGUUAUUACACCUAUCUCGAAUUAACAUUUAAACUGCCCAUAUCUCUUUAUUGGUUUGUGUUACUGUCAUAGAAAAGGGUGAAAAUGAAGGUGACCAGUACACACCAAUGCUCAAUGACAUGAUUACUGUAACUCCAGCGUUUCUAGGUAAGUUAGUGAUCACGUUAAAACGUUAUGAUUCGUCUAUUGUCAUUUCACUAGCCUGUUCCAGGUUCCAGGAUAUCAGCCGGAAAAGAUCGAAAUAGUUGAGCGAAAACCGCAUGGGAUGAGUGGGGCUGGUAGGGACGGGGAAGUGGACCUUCUGGUAUACCCUAUGAUUCGUCAAUUUUGACAGUUUACGUCAACACUUUUGUCAAACAUUUGGCUUCAUGCCCGCCUAGGCAAACAAACAUGGCGAGCAGUGAAACCUUCCUUCCCCACACAUUUUGCCUCGAGAAACGGUUUCCGGUUCCUGGCUCCCGGCUCCCGGCUCCCGGCUCUGUUUUCUUAGCUUCCACCCUUCUCCUCCUUUUUCUUCCACUUCCUGCCCUUUUAGAACUCUCACCUUCCGCCAUUUCCUCCUCCACCUCCCAUACCUCUGCUGUCCCUAUUCACCCGGGCUCCCAAAACCUCCGUCCUUCCCCCCCCCAAAAAACGUCCUGCUUUAAAAUGUAGACUACGUUUCCUCCUGGAGUGAGCACAAAGAGAAUUUUUUGUCUAAACGCGCUGAACUUGACUUACAUAUUCAUUUAAAUUCUUUUUUCUCAGAGCGUCUUUCUAGAUGCGAGAACGACAGUUUAAACGCUAAACACUCCGCCAUGAAACCUCCUCGUGUAGGCAGUGGCUCAUUACAAAGAAGACAGACUGGGAUCAAGGCAAAAACUGCCGGUUCCAUGUCGAGUACUGCUGCCAGGAAUAAGGCAUCCAGAGAGAAAACGCCAGGACAGAAGCGAAAUAGAGAAAGUAGAUGAUGACUCGGACAAAGAAAUAGGGUAUAAAGUAGAUUUACAAUUGAUAUUAGAAAAAUAGCUUGCCAACGUAGACGUAUUUUCGGUUGUUCCUUUCCUUCUCUUGAGGCAAAGAUCCAGAGAAGUGGCAACCGAACUGAAAUGGGUCUACGUCAGCAAAAAGCUGGUGUUAGCUAUAUUGAGGUUAAGCCUGGGACUUGACCGGUGUUGUGUCUAAUUACACCAGGGACUGUUUUGGGGACGUUAUAACCUCUUUAUUUGGCUAUUACGUGGUUGUAAAGGAAUCUGGGUC